AUGGCACGCUGGCUUCGCUUCGCUAACACGCUGGGGGCGCUCGAGCUCCUCGCCGCCGACGUCUGCGCCGCGGCGGCAGCGCGCCCGCAUUGCCUGGCGCCCGACGAUCUGGCCCGCCAGUUCAUCCUGCUGUCGCAAGCGCUUCACCUCUUCGUCGACCGCGCUCGCUCGCCGGCCAGUCUCUGGCGCGGGUGCUGUCCGAUGUCACGGCGUGAAGCCGUGCCGGUCGUGACCGACGGGCGGGCGCUCAUGAGCAGCACGCCCGUCGUGCUCACGAUUUCUGUCAUCUCCUUUGAGACGGUGAGCGUGAAGGUGUCCUUCACCGCUGCUGAUCCGUGGCCGCCAUUGGAUGGCGACUCGCUUCUUGAGUUGCUCGGGCACAUGAGCCAAGGCACGCUUCAGGCCGUCGGUGCUGUUUCUAAGGAGCUUCGGCGUCUGGCUUACGAUCCAGCCGUGCCUGGCCAGCCGUGGAGCUCCAUCGACAUGGCAAAAUGGCCAUUUUUUGGGGAGGAGAAGAAGCGUCGUGACGCUGUUGCAGCUGCUGGCGCUAUGGAGGACGGCAUUGAAAAGAUGAUGGCCUGUUGCUUCUUCUCUGCCGUUCCAGGCGAUAGGCCUGACGCGAGCGACUCUGACGUCCGAGUAGCAGUUCGGCUUGCGGGGCCGCUGCUUAAGACCAUCACCUGUUCUCCGGCCAAGUUGACCGACGGUGUCUUCGCGAGCAUUGGGGCAGCCGCGCCUAAUCUGACCGCCCUCGAUCUGUCGAGUCCGAAGGGCUUCGGAGUAGCAGAGUCCUAUCUGACGAACGAGGGCAUGGCGCGUAUCGGCGCGACGCUUCCUCGCCUCAGCCGCCUCAGCCUGUCGCAUCGCAUGGGAGAAGUCACAGAUGAAGGAGCCUUGCUCCUGCUGCAGGCCCUGGGAGCAGGUCUCAAGCAGCUGCGCGUGCCUCUGCCUAUGUGCACCGAGCUCACACUGAGGUAUGUCGGCCAGUUCUGCUCCCAGCUCACGCACCUUGACAUUGACGGUCUUGGAAGCCGCAUCGGAAGGCGCACAGGCAACGAGGUGUCCGCGCUUGGACCUGCAGCCGAGCCCGAGCUCCAUCGGAUCUUUGAUGCAACUGGCCACACUCUAGAGCACAUAAACUUUGGAUGGGGCUGUGUUGUCGACGUGUUGAACUCGACCCUGAUCAAGAUGAUGUCAACCAUGCCACGGCAUCGGCUCAAGUCGUUCCGUGGGGUGCGGCUGUCCCUGGGAGCUUUCAGUGUCGAUCGUCUCGAGCUGCUCUUGCCCCAAGACUCUCCUGUGCUCGCAUACGCCACGAGCAGGGAUAUCAAUAACGUGGUCUUGAUGACCGAUCUCACGCCGCCUGUUUGGGAGCUUUUCACAUGGUACUUCCACUCCGCUGAAUCACUUACAGUUGACGAUGUUGGCGCGGAGCAAAUUGGUGUCCUCAACAACUUUGAGCUGAGGCGGAAUCACUGCAGCCCAUUCUUGCGGGAGUUGCGGCGCACGUUUUCAAACACAAUGACGCUUUUGGCCCUUGGCGGCCGCUUUGCCUCGACGUAG